AUUAUCUACUUAUAAAUAUAUAUAUAUUAAGUAUAUCUACUUAUACACUUAUUAUCUACUUAUCCAAUUGCUUAUACACUCUCACACUCCCAUUAAUUUAGUUUACACACUCAUACAUUCUUUAUUAAUAUAAAACUAGUUAAUUGUUUCACUUAUCAUUUUAAUAUUAGUUCAUUGCUAUAAAAGUAGUUAAUUGUUACAUUUAUUAUUCUCCUAUCAUAGUAGUUAAUUGUUACAUUUAUUAGUUAAUUGGUAAACUAGUUAAUUCGAAAUUAAUUGUUUAAUUGUUAAACUAGUUAAUUGUUACAUUUAUUAAUCUCUUAUCAUAGUAGUUAAUUGUUACAUUUAUUAUUCUCCUAUAAAAACUAGUUAAUUGUUAAACUUGUUAAAUAAAGUUGUUACAUUGUAAAACAAAUAGUUCGAGUUUUAGUUAAUUGGUAAACUAGUUAACUCGAAGUUAAUUGUUUAAUUGUACUUCAAAUUUAAUAUUUGUUAUAUUUUUAAUAUGGAGCGUGGUAGAGCUUCUGUAGAUAUGGGUAACCUCCGCCGCAAUCGAACAAAGGAGAUUGCGAGGAAUCAUCCAAGGUCACGCAAAGGUAAGGGAGGGGCGGGGUCUUCAUCUCAAACCCGAGAUGGUUUUGAUGCGGAUUACAACCAAAGAUAUGGGGAUGCGAUGUCCGAUGAGCAACUAGAACAACUAUUGCAACAAAAUCAAGGAGGUUUUUUUCAUCAACAAGACAUCCCACAAACCAUUGACGAAGAAGAGCUCGAGGAUGAUGAUGCGGAGGAGAGGGAUCCACGAACGGUCGAGGACGAGGUUCAUGGCACACCGGACGAUGAGGAAUUGAAGAGGAAGCGGAAGUGGCUACUUCUUUCCAAGCCGAUGGGAAAUCUGAAUGUGUCUUUAAGACAAAUUUUACAAAAGUUAAAGACCUCGAAACCGAGAUAUGGUAUGCCACUUGCAAGCAUUGCAACGAAAAGUAUAACUUGGGAAUUUCUGGAGGGUACGGGAGCGCCAUAAGGCAUCUUAAAGCCAAGCACCCGGCGGAAUACGCGAAAUCGGACAAAGGCAAGGGAAGGCAAACACAACUUUCAAGGUUUGCAACUGGCCAAACCUUUGGUAAUUUCUCCUAUGAUGAUCAAAGACAUUUGACUGGUAUGUCUCAUUUAAUUGUUGAAGAAAAUUUGUCUUUUAUUUUUUCUGAAAGUCUUGCUUUAAAAGAAUAUGCUCAAGGUUCUUUAAAUCCCCAAUUUCGAAACUAUAGUCGCAAAACAAUUAAAAAAGAAUAUGCUAACUAUAUUAUAAACUCGACCGACAUCGACACUUGUGAAAAAGUUUUGAAUGUUUUGGUGUAUUUUAAUAAUGCAACUCAAACUUUUAGUCAUGUUUAUAAACCUACCGCAAACCAAUUUUUUGUUGAAGCUGUUAAUCUCGCCGGCGCUUUUUGUGAAUUUGCUGAUGCCGCUUACGUUAGUUAUUUUUGUGACUUCAUGAAACAAAAGUUUUUAAAAUAUUAUUCCUAUAUUCCGCAUAUAUAUAGUAUUGCAUUUAUUCUUGAUCCUCGUUUUAGACUUGCUUCUUUGGAGCAAUGUUUAGAUUACUAUUAUGCUUCUUUUUUUGAUCCAUUGCCUAUGUACGACGAGAAGGCUAUAGACCCGAAACAACAAUUUCAAGAGUGGUGGAAGGAAAAAGAGAGAACGUUCCCGAUCUUAUCAAAGAUGGCUAAGCAAGUGCUAGCAAUGUCGGUAUCAACAGUUGCUGUGGAACAAGAGUUUAGUGCGGCCGGCAACGUCCUAACAGAUUAUAGAACGAGAUUGAGCGCAAACUCUCUUGAGACGCUUGUUUGCUUCCACGAUUGGUUGAAGGCCAAACGUAGAACUCAAGAAAUUAGCAUUGAACCCAUCCGCCACUUUAUGGAAGAAACAACCAAAGAUGGCGGAAAUUCCGAUUGAUUCUUAUUUAUUAAAGAGUGUAUUUCAUAUUUUAAUUUUUGCUCAAUUUCCAAUUGUACUACAUAUUUCAAAUAAAUAUAUUUUAAAUUUUUUAUGUCCAACUAAUCUUGAUUUAAUAUUUUAAAAAAAUUAAAUAGCCUGGACCCGGCCCGAACCGGCCCACUACCCGGCCGGAUAGGCCCGAUCCGGACCGGACCCGGUAUCACCCCGGGCCGGUUCCGGGCCCAUGUUUCUACAAAAAAAAACCCGUCCGGGCCCGUCCCGGAACCGGAACCGGACCGGCCCGGGUCCAUCCCUAGUAUCAACGGAGUGUAUAUACUCUUUAUAUAUUGACACAAUCUACAUUUAAGUUCUUAGACGGUGCAGAGAUGCUGAUAGCCAUAGUGUGUAG